AUGUCACAGCUGAAGAUGUUGGUCGUUACACCUGCAGACAGUUUAUAUCAGACAAACAACAAGGUUCAGAUGCUCUGGUGGAUCUUGGAGGGAACAAAUACCACUGAUACAGUCUCCUUGUUCUGCACCGUGUUGACAUACGAUCAGUGUGAACACACAGUAGAGUGGCUGUAUGAGGGUGAUAAGAGUGAUGUGGAGACAUCACAGCGUACCUGUUUAGCCACUGUGACACUUUUGGCUCCUCAUCUUUAUCAGAAAUCAAAGAAUUAUGAGUUACUGAAGUGUAAGGUGACAGAUAAAAAGAGUGGAGAAACCCUGCUGUGUAAAGUCGGCCCCCAGUUCUCAUGUGAGAAAACAGGGAGCACAUCAGUGGGGAGAAACAAUACAUCAUCUGCAAAGAAUGACACUCCAACAAAACAAGGUUGGUGGAGGUUCAUCAUUUUGGGUUUAGCAACACUCAUGCUAAUUGUUCUGGCAGUCUACAUGUGGAAGAGAACUAAAGGGAACAGAACACAGAUGGACGACAAUGCUGUGCAUCAUGAAGAUGAAGAUGAAGAUGAGGGUACAGUGACCUAUGAAAAUGUUGGAGAACCUUCUGCUUCUGUCCGACUCCACUGAUGAACAACUUCAACAUCCACUCACAAAAAAAAUGUAAAUAAACCUUUUAAUAUCAUUUUUUAAUGUUUUCUAAGGUGUAUAAAAAAGUUAAGUCUAAAUUGUCAUCCAGUUUAACAAUUUAAACUUUAAAUGAAGAUGUUUCUCAUUGCUCUUAAUAUGUUCUCUAUUUGACAUUCAUAGCUAUUAUAUGGCAUCCAACAACAUUCUGCUAUGCACAGAUACGGUGGAGUGAUGUCAUAGAUAUGCUCUGAUUUUGGAACUAAGCCCCUUUGAAGUUAAGCUUUGCUCAAGUUUUUUGUCUUUUUGUGUACAGAUGUAAAUUCAUUAAUUUUAAUUCAUAACACCGCUGUAAAAAUGUUUGCUGUUUGUCCAAAAUGUUUUUGCACACAAUGUUUUGAGGGUUUGAAUGAGUUUUCAACCUUACUAGAGUCUGAAAAUGAUAUAGUCUGCAAAUAAAAA